CCAAGGGUAACUAAAACAAUUGUUCUAAAGACCAAUCAAAACUCACGAUCAAAGGUUAUCGUAGCUCUUAUUGGCUAUUGAUUUCGGUCCACAAAAGUUCGCUGAUCAUGAGAUCUUUGUGUUGUUUGUUGGUGUUGGUCGACUUCGGAAUUUGGAUAGAUGCGAGUGAAAUAGAAUGACACUGUGGCAAAACUGGAACUGGCCGAGAGUUUUUGUCACAUUACAGUGAUCUGUCUCUACAGAUUUAUUGCCGAUCAAUACUACUGAAAAGUGGGGACGCAUUUGUUUGCUGUCCAUAACACAUGCGUAGUAGCCAGCAAGUAGAAGUUUACAUUUGAAUUUUAAACAAAUGAAAGUCUGCUAGUCUUCCACAAGUUUUCAAAAGGUUGUUGAAUAUGGCUUGGUCAAGAUAUCAAAAGUUCCUGGCGCUGAUGCUGGUGGUAACCGGCUCCAUCAACACGCUCUGCACAAAAUGGGCUGACCAAGUGGUUGUGAAGGGCUCCGAUGGCAACGAACGCGCUUUUGACCAUCCAUUUUUACAGGCCUGCGCGAUGUUCUUCGGAGAGAUGCUGUGCUUGCUAACCUUCAAAAUACUCUGGCGCAUGAAAAGCAACUCCGGCGGCCACUCGCUCAUAGAAGGCAACCAGAACUUCAAUCCCUUUAUACUCAUGCCAGCUGCCAUGUUUGAUUUAAUCGGCACCUCCAUCAUGUACAUCGGGCUGACGCUGACGUACGCCAGCAGUUUCCAGAUGUUCAGGGGCUCCAUAAUCGUAUUUGUGGCUGUCUUAUCCAUGACCUUCCUCGACCGCGUCGUGGUCAAGCGCGAGUGGGCCGGCAUAGGCCUGGUGAUCCUCGGGCUACUGAUAGUGGGAGGCACAGAUGCCCUGUUCCAAUCGGCAGGGGAGUCCAAAGGAAGGAACAGCCUCAUCACCGGAGACCUGCUCAUCAUAGUAGCGCAGGUCGUGUCGGCCUGCCAGAUGGUGUAUGAAGAGAAAUACGUCGCUGGUCUAAACAUCCCGCCGCUGCAAGCCGUGGGUUGGGAAGGCGUGUUUGGGUUCUCGGUGCUGUCAAUGCUCCUGGUGGUAUUCUAUUGGAUCCCAGCGCCGCCGCACUUUGGGCACAACGCUCGUGGGACAGUCGAGGAUGCUAUAGAUGGAUUGGUGCAGAUCGGUAACAGCGCAAUACUGAUGGCGGCCAUAAUAGGCACCAUCGUCUCCAUCGCGUUCUUCAACUUCGCUGGCAUCAGCGUCACCAAGGAAAUGUCUGCCACUACUCGAAUGGUUUUGGACUCUGUUAGGACGCUGGUCAUCUGGAUGGUGUCGCUCGCGGUCAAAUGGCAGGACUUCCACUGGCAGCACCUGAUCGGCUUCGCCGUGCUCAUCCUCGGCAUGGCGCAGUACAACGGCAUCGUCCCCAAGGUGAGCUGCCGGCGCCAGGCCGAGGCCACGGAGCCCGAGACCGAGGCCGUCAACCCGGUGGCCGCGGCCGCCGACCCGGAGGCCUAGGGCUCACCUGCCGUGGCCAUCCCGCCGGUCCCCACGCCGCCAGGCGCCUGACAGUCGAGCGGGGUGGUGUGUUGGAACUCGAUUCCUUCCAUCCCCCCCACGCCGCUUCUCAGCGAUUCCUCAGUGGACACCGUCUCACAAAUGUCCUCAGAUAUCUGCUUGUCAGUGGAGUAAACUGCCCAUCAUCGGCGACCGGCGACUGUAUACGACCGCGCGACCGAUGCGAGUAUUCUUAUGCUCCCAUACACAAUAUAUUGUUUCCUAAACGAAACAUUUGCGUGUCUUUAAGAAGAAUACAAUUCAUGGGACCCAAAGGAAACUUGCAGCUACAAGGAUAUUUUCGUUCUUCAAAGGCAACGGCUUCUAAUGUGCAAUAGUGACUGCUAACAAAAACACUUAUAAUUAAGUAGUGAUUACCCUUUUAAUGUUUAUCUGUCUCAAACACAAUCCUUGCAGUGUUUAUCUACGAAUUUAUUGUAUUUUCGAUGGCUGUUCAGUAAUUUCGUACCUAUUAAUCAUUUAUAAUGGGUGUUUCAAUUUUCAAUAUAUGUUAUCACUUCUAUUGUAAGUAAUGAUACAACAAGUAACAAUCUUGUAAUAUACAUUUUGCCGAACAGAUGUCAAAAUGCUAAUGUGAAAAUACACUUAGUUUUAGUGAGGACCUAAGUAUGUCCUGAUUUAUGUGAAAUGAAUUUAAUAAUUAAAGGCUCAUGUUGAAAACUACUGUGAAUGUCCAAUAUAGAAUGUGAUGGAUGUAGAUCAUAAAUAUACCUAUAUAUUUUUGUGCUAAGAUUUGUAGAAUUAUUUAGAUUUAAGUCAUAUUUAUUCAUACAUAUUAAAUACUUAUAAAUAAUGUCGUGAUUGACAUGUUUUUAAUAACUUUUACUCGACAAUACUAUUCUUGAUCUAGUAUUUAAAAAAAAUGAUAUUUUAAUAUUUGUAUAAUGAAGUGAUUUAUGAAAACAUAAGUGAAACAAAAUUAAUUAAUUGAUACCAAUUUGGCACAAUAAGAGAAAUCGUGAUGAUAAUGUACAAAUAUGAGACUAUUCAUUUUUAUAUAUUUCAAAAAUAAUAUUAUAUCGCUUAGCAUAGGGUAGCGAUUAGCUACCCUGUAAUAUUUAAACGGAAAUAAUGGCUUACUUAAAAAAAUCUAAUAUAAAGUCAAAAAUACCGUAUGUCAUUAAAAGGUAUCUAAAUCAUCGCCCUGAACUAUUUUGUAACGUAAAUCUGUUUACGUAUAAUAUUUACUUCUUGACCAUUAAAUGGUUGCGCUAUGUACAAACUACACCAAACAUGGUUCUGAUUGAACAGAAUUUUUGUAUACCUAUCCUGUAUUUGAAUAUUGUAAUUUUAACGCCAGCAAAGGCUGAUAAUGUAAACAUUUAUAAACGAGGAAGGGGUAGGUAGGUUAUAAUAAUGUAUGUAUGUUAGUACUUGGUUGGGAUAAUUCUAUAUACAUAAGGUGUGCCUUGGGACGGAUUUGCAAUUGAUUGUAAAUAAAGACAAUUAGUCUUACCAAGCGUCUAGACUUACGGCAAAUUAUUUGCCUCAAAAGUAAUUUCUAAAUUACCCCGAAUAUCGCGGGAUUCCUGGCGCUCAUGCGGUGUACCGAGCUAUUGGUCUGCCAAAUUGUGAUAAUGUAGUUGUCGUUGUAAUUACUCCAAGAAAAAAUGUUUUAACUACGUCAAAUGUCCCAAAUCUUAGAAAAAUGGAUUUCCACGUGUAAAUACAUACUUUGAUUUAAAUACAUGCUUUGAUUUCCCGACAUAAGUAACUUUCAUAUCAUAACUUUGAAAUGGCAUGAUUAUUAAAAACUGGAGAGAGAAAGACUCUGAGAUAUUUCCAAAAAUACAAAAACCCGUGCCUUCUUGACUAUUUAUAUUUCGGAAACCUUUAAGUCUUUCACACAUCUCAUUGUAAUUUGCGACUGCUAAUGUUGUAAAAUUAAACCUUAAUAAUAACUUUACACCUUUCUAAAUAUAGUGAGAUGAUAGAUCGUAUGAUUUGUAAGUCAGUCGGGAAAAUUUUGUAAAAGUAUUUAUUAAUAUUUGAUGGAAAUAAUGAAUACAGGAUAAAGUGUUAGUAAUUAACUGAUUACACGUAAACUAUGUAAUGAUUCCUAUUCCUAUAAUAUAAUAGAUGUCCAAAUGCUACAUUUUUCCGGUGAUCCUCUUAAAAUUAAUACAAGACCGGUCUUGGUAGGCCGGAAAGUAAUGCAAUGAGUGCCAACUGAGGUGCUAGAAUGUUCGUAGUAGACACGAGAAUGAAUAUGAGUACUGAAAAUUCAAACUACCUACUAUCUCACAAAACACAAGUACACUUAAAAUCGGGUAUAGAUUAUUUGCAACACAACAUGUAAUAGAAAAUAUGCAUUAACAACUACGUGCGCGCGCACUCACAGAGUACUAAGCUGUCUUACGUGGCCAUUAGCGACCAAUCUAAGCCGCGAACAAGCAAACCAGGCGAUUAUUUUGAAUUAAAGAAUACGAGCAAAAACUACCGGAAACGGACGCACAGUAAAUGCGCGUGCGCAAAGAAAACAUAUCUUCAUCCCUACUUAAUGCAAUUAAUCUCUACCUUGUUUAAGAUAUAAUUAAUUAAAGCCUAUUUUCGUAUGGUGACGUUUUCUCUUAUAAAAUUAGGAUUACAGAUACAAAUUGGGGCAACGGAAACCCGCACAGGGUUUAUUAGAUUCUGUGCUAUCAGCACAGUCGCAACUUAAAAAUGCACAUAAAAAGACGCGUGUAAAAAUGGUCUUAUGACGGUAUAAUAUUUAAGUAGGUAUAUGAUGAUAAGUACUACUUUUCUAUAUGUAUGUAACUUAUGUGAUAUGUAUGCAUACUCAGUCUUAAUUAGUAACUCAAAAUACUGUAGAAUCACCUCUAAUUAUCUCAUUAGCAGUAAGUGCAACCAAUAUGAUAUUAUCUCUUACCUAUUUGUAUGUAUCUUCAGCAAAGUUGAGUCAGCGUGUAACAUGCGGCUCAAUUUCAACAUAGUAUAUUUCUAUAUUUAGUGUAUACAGGGUAGAGAUGAAAUUGUGACCAAGAAUAUUUUGUUUAUCAAUAACAUAGUUUCGCACAAAACAAUAAAAACUUCCUUGUCAAUAUUCGACUAUGAAUUCUUUAUCGAUUAAAACGUCCCCAACCUCCUGUAAAUUAUCUACCGGUUUAUGAUAAACUACUUUUUAUUAGCAUGCAGUUUCGUCUUAACUCCGUUUUAAACAAACAUAAUCGUAUAUUAUUGGUAACUUUAGUGGUUAUAACAUACUAUCUAUAUUCUCUAAUAAGUAUUCGGAAAAUAUACAUUUCCACGAUUUGCUCAUUAAAUUGGGUCGAUUUGUAGAUUUGUGAAUGUGCUUGAAGCACUCUCACGCACGUGACAAAUGCAUAUUUUAUAAUAUUUGGUGUGUCGCUUAAAUGUACUGAACUGAGUGCACACCACACCCUGUAUACUUUAAUGAUAUUAAUGUAUAAUCUAACGUCUGUAUGUGAUAUUCCAAAGUCCAAAUUAAGGAAUGUAAAUCCUAGUGAUAAAAUAUAUUUUCGAGGAAUAUUGUAUCACUGCAUUUGAAAUGAUAUAUUAUGAUUGUAAAGUAACCUAAUUGUAUUUUAUUAACUCAGUAGUGUGAGUGUAAGAAAUAAGUGCUACCCUAUACUGUACUGCCUGUGAAUGCUACUAGAAAUAAUCGAAUCUAUUUGUGAUGGUCCUAAUAGGAAAAUAUUUAGUUUGCGUCCUAAUCUCUUACUGAAAUUAUAACAAUGUUAAGUUAUACACUUUUCAGUCAUAUCACAUCCCUUUAGAAGCAGAAUAUGCCCAUUUUUCACACAAACAGGCCUACUUGAUGUUACGAUUAUUUUUAGAAAUGUUUACUUCUGAAUUUUCUAUGUUAUGGUAAAUUAUAAUGAAUAUCGGUGUCCAAUAAUAAUCUAAAUGUCAGUGGUAUCU